AUGGCUGCCAAUAUCCGAGCUCUCCGGUUCUACGGAAGAGGAGACAUCAAGCUGGAAUCGGUCCAGGCAGCUCCAUGCGGGAGCGAUGAGGUCCGCGUGAAGAUCGCGUACUGCGGCAUCUGCGGCACCGACAUCCACGAGUACCUGGGCGGGCCCAUCUUCCCGCCCCAGCCCGGGCAGAAGAACCCCCACAGCGGCGCCGAACUCCCCGUGACCCUCGGCCACGAGAUGUCGGGCACCAUCCUCGAGGUCGGGGCCGGCGUGACGGCGGCCCUCCACGUCGGCCAGCGGAUCUGCGUCAACCCGUCCAUGGACGACCGGCACCACGGCCGGGCCGCCUGCGCCGCGUGCCGCGCGGGCCGGCCGAACCUCUGCGCGCGCUGGACGUGCUACGGGCUCAGCGCCCGCGGCGGCGGCCUCGCGGGGGAGAUCGUCGUCAAGGCCGUCAGCUGCCUGGGCCUGCCGCCGGGCGUCUCGCUGCCGGUCGGGGCGCUGGUCGAGCCCCUAGCCGUGGCGGCGCACAUGCUGCGCCUCGCGGGCUUCGCGGCCGGCCAGGACGUGGUGGUGCUGGGGGCGGGCCCCGUGGGGCUGGCGCUGCUGCUGCUCCUGCGGGCGCGCGGCGCGCGCACGGUGGUCGUCAGCGAGGUGGCGGCGGCGCGGGCGCGGCAGGCGGCGCGGUUCGGCGCGGACGUCGUGGUGAACCCCCUCCGCCGUGCUGCGGCCGGGGCCGAGGCGGAGCCGGCUGCGGAUGCGGAUGCGGUGCGGGAGGCUGUCGCGCGGGAGAUGGGGGAGGGCGGGGCGGACAUCGCGUUCGAUGCGACGGGCUUGCAAUCCACGCUGGACACGGCGCUGGCGGUGGUGAAGCCGGGCGGGGUGGUCUUCAACGUGGCGAUCCACGAGAAGCCGCUGCUCGUCAACCCCAACGCGUUCACCUUCAAGGAGGCGAGGCUCAUGGGCGGCAUCUGUUACACGCGCGAGGAUUUCGAAGAGGUGUUGCGCGCGCUGGCGGCGGGGGAGCUGCCGGACGCGGCGGACCUGAUCACUUCGAUCGUGCCGCUGGAGGACGUGGUGGAGGGCGCCUUCUUGGAGCUUAUCCAUAACAAGACGGAACAUGUCAAGAUCCUCGUCAGACCUUCGCAGGAUCCGGAUCUCGCUUAG